AUGGGCAGAUGGACUCAAUACGACGAAGAUGCAUACCGAUUACCAGCAGGUAUCAAGCGAACUGCUUACGACGCUGAUACUGGUGUCUACACGUACCGCGACGGGAAUGGUCAGACCUACGUAGGGUCUCCCCACCAAAGAUAUGGCACUUUACGCCCCAUAUCGCAGCCCCCAGCCAGCACAAGACCUAUGUUUGAUAAGGACAAGGCUCCGCUCAGCGUGGACACUAAGUCCCCUGGACCCGCCCCCAAGUCGUUCGCAGAUAUUCUGAGUCCCGACCAAGUUACCUCUGCUUCCCCCAUACGCGAUGGGCGCAGCCCCACAUCUCCGAAGUCACGGUUCAUCGACGCUGUUCGACGUGCUGCUGCCCCGAAGAUGCUGGAUGUUGUGCAUCACACCACCACGACGAGUAAGCGUGAAAGCUUUGCCUCAGAUUCGGAGAAACAGAGGCUCCUUCCCAAAGACGUUCCGCAAAUGUCGGAGAAGGGGAGGGACCCAUUAAUAAGGUCCGCUACGAGUGCAGGCCAUCGUUCCUCGGCGCCAUCAGCGAGAUCAGCGACGACGGCCUCUACCUUAGCAAGGGCUGCUACGAGUGCUGGUCAUCGUUCCUCACCGCCCGUUUCCGGGCUGGCAAAAUCGUCGACCACGGCCUCGAGUUUAGCCAGGUCUGCCACCAACGCGUCUUCUAGGUCGGGCGCAAGUCUCGUUCGCUCAGCUACCAAUGCAUCGACAUAUUCUAAUGCCUCCACAACAUCCCUAUCACAUCUAGCGAACGCGAAGCCUCUACGUGUGGAAUCCAUGAAGGAACUACCCAGCGUUCCAACGGGAAAACCACACCACUCAAAGUCAUCAUCCUCAUCGACUUCCAAGCGGAGCUCAUCCCAAUCUCGUCGCCCAGUCGAAGCUUUGUAA